AUGACCGGCGAACUAUGGCUCACUUUGGUUGACACCGCCGACAUUGUUGGAUUCAGCAUGACGUUUUGUGUUAACAUUGUUCUCCUGUUCCUCCUAAAAAAUCGAGGAAAAAACUUGGGAACUUACAAGCAUCUCAUGGCAUUUUUCUCAGUUUUCUCGAUCUUCUACGCCAUCAUUGAGUCUAUUCUAAGACCGAUCAUGCACAUUGAAAAUGCAACGUUUUUCUUGAUUUCUCGAAAACGUUUCAAUUACUCAACUCGUCUUGGUAAAAUCAACUCUGCGUUUUACUGUGCUUGUUUUGCCACUAGCUUUGUUGUUUCUGGAGUUCAUUUUGUUUAUCGAUUUUUCGCAAGUUGCAAACCACACCUGCUUCGUUCAUUCAACAUGCCAUAUCUUCUGCUGUGGCCAUUGGGAUGCAGUAUUCCAGUCAUGAUGUGGGCUAGUGUCUCCUACUUUUUGUACCCGGAUACUGCCUUCACAGAAGCAGCAGUCACAAAUGUACUCAAUACUCACUACCACUCGAUCAAAAAAGAUAACGUUUCUUAUAUCGCUUAUGUUUAUUAUCAAUACGAUGAAAAUGGAGUCAGAUAUGUUUACCUAAAGAACCUUUUGGGAUGCUUUGUUCAUUACUUUGUCAUGUCUGCAACUUUUGUUGUUAUGUUCAUCUGCGGAUACUUAACCUGGAAAACAAUGCGGAAACAUAAAACUGCGUCUGAUAGAACUCGCCAGUUACAAAAACAAUUGUUCAAAGCUCUGGUACUGCAGACUCUCAUUCCAACCAUCUUUAUGUACGCCCCAACUGGAGUCAUGUUUAUUGCCCCGUUCUUCAGUAUUAACUUGAAUGCCAAUGCCAAUUUCAUUGUCUUCUGCUCGUUUUUGUAUCCUGGACUAGACCCUUUGAUCCUUAUUUUGAUUAUUCGAGAUUUUCGGCAGACAGUAUUCAAGUUCUUUUGUCUACGUAAAAAGAACAGUGUCGAUGAGUCAAGAUCCACAACAAGAGCUAAUAUGUCUCAGGUUGCCACACAUUAA